AUUGUAGAGAAGCUGGGGAAGUGACUCCUUCCUCCUCCUUUUAGAAUAGCUUCCUCGGAAGUCUGCUUGUGCUGAGAAGGACGGUAAAUUCCGGAUUGUUUCGUGUAUUAGACUGACGGACUCUGUGACCCUAGAGGAUGUGGCUGUGAACUUCACCCUGGAGGAAUGGGCUUUGCUGGAUUCUUCCCAGAAGAAGCUUCACAGAGAUGUGAUGGAGGAAACCCUCAGGAACCUGGCUGCUGUAGGAAAAAUACAAGGAGACCAGUGCAUGGAAGAUAACUAUGAAUAUUCCACGAGAAAUCUAAGAAGUGAAGUUGUGAAGAAACUGUGGGAACAAAAAGAAUGUAGUCAAUAUAGAGAAAUCUUCAGCCAGAAAGCAGAUAGUGUUGCUAUGCUGGGUGAAUGCCAAGUGUAUGAAGACUUGCUCAUUGCUCAUUCAUCCUUUAAUGUGCCUGUGACUGUUCAGACUGGACACCACGCUAAUGAAGAUGAGAUAAAUGAAACGAGUCUCUAUAAAUUUAGGGAAUGUGAGGAACCCGUUUUUUAUCUUGAUUGCUUUCUGAAGAAUGAAGAUACUAAAAGUGGGCAGAGAGUCUAUGAACUUAAUCAAUGUGAGAACUUCUUCCAGAGCCAGAGUUACAUUCAAAUACAGGUUGAAGGUGACACUAAUGAGGAAAUGUAUGUGGGAAAGCAGCAUUUUAAUGCCUUUACCUAUCCUAGUCAUUUUCAAUAUGUUAGAAAUAUUAACAGUGGAGACAAACCCUAUGUGUGUAAGCAGUGUGGGAAAGCCUUUUCUUGCUUGAGUCACAUUCAAAGACAUGAACGAACUCACACUGGAGAGAAACCAUACACAUGUAAUAUAUGUGGUAAAGCCUUCAGUACUUUGACUAACGUGCAAAAGCAUAAAAGAAUUCACACUGGAGAGAAACCCUAUGUAUGUAAACAUUGUGGGAAAGCCUUUUCUUGGAGUAACCUUCGAAGACAUGAACAAACUCACACUGGGGAGAAGCCAUAUAAAUGUAAUUUAUGCAGUAAAGCCUUCAGUUGUCUGAGUAAGAUUCAAGACCAUGAAAGAACGCACACAGGAGAAAAACCAUAUGAAUGUACACAAUGUGGAAAAACCUUCACUUCUUACCAUUCCUUUAAGGCACAUAAGCGAUGUCACACUGGAGAGAAGCCCUAUGUAUGUAAGCAGUGUGGAAAAGCCUUCAAUUAUUACAAUUCCAUUCAAACGCAUAAACGAUGUCACACAGGGGAAAAACCCUAUGUAUGUAAGCUGUGUGGUAAAGCCUUUAUUGCUCUGAGUUCUCUUCGCUAUCAUGAGAGGAUUCACAGUGGUGAGAAACCCCACAUUUGUUUGCAAUGUGGGAAACGUUUUAAUUCUUCCAGUAUCCUUCGAACACAUGAGCGAACUCACACUGGAGAGAAACCCUAUAUAUGUAAGCAAUGUGGGAAAGGUUUCAGUUCUUCCAGCAACUUGCGACAGCAUGAGUGGACUCACUCUGGGGAGAAGCUGUGUGUGUGUAAGCUGUGUGGUAAAUCCUUCACUGAUCCUAGUUCACUUGGACGCCAUAAAAAGAUUCACAGUGGAGAGAAACCCUAUGUAUGUAAGCAUUGUGGGAAAGGCUUUUCUUCUUGGAGUAGUUGUCAAAGACAUGAACAAAUUCACACAGGUGAGAAACCCUACAUAUGUAAGCUUUGUGGGAAAGCCUUCACUAAUCCCAUUGCCCUUCGGAAGCAUGAGAUGAUCCACAGUGGUGAAAAACCCCAUGUAUGUAAGCAGUGUGGCAAGGGGUUCAUUUAUUUCUGUAAGUUUCAGAUACAUGAACGGACUCACACGGGAGAGAAGCCAUAUCAGUGUAAGCUAUGUGGUAAAGCCUUCACUGGUCAAAGUUACCUUCAGCGCCAUGAAAAGAUCCACAGUGGAGAGAAACCUUUUGUGUGUAAGCAGUGUGGGAAGCCGUUUUAUACUUUAAGUGAUUGUCAAAGACAUGAAAAAAUCCAUACUGGUCAGAAACCCUACAUAUGCCAGCAGUGUGGGAAAGCCUUUACUCGUGCCAGUUCCCUUAAAAUACAUGAAAAGAUUCACUCUAGAGAGACUUCCUAAGUAUAUCAUAUGAAAAGACCUCCAUAUCUGAUAACCUUUUAAAAAAUUUUUUUGUUCAUUUUUAUUUAUUUAUUUGAGAACAACAGACAGAGAGAAAAAGAGGCAGAUAGAGAGAAAGAGAGAGAAUGGGCAUGCCAGGGCCUCCAGCCA